CCCCCACAACUCAUCUCAUUUAUUCUCUCUCUCUCUCUCUCUGUAAACUCCCCCAAUCAAAGAUUCGUUUUCUACGCGACGCCCCGACCUCGACCUCGACCUCUCUCAAACCCUUCUUCACACCCCCCUCCUCUCUAAUUUUGUACGCAUCAUCAUCAUCAUCGUCUAUAUAUAAUUUUCUUGUAUUCCAAGUUUAUUCCUUGUUGCGAUUCUACUUGGAUCCCUUUAUUCUUUCUCCCUUCUCCGGAUCUCUCUAUGCUCAUACCAAACCUCUCCUUUUAAUCUCCCCCCUUAUUUGUUUCCCAAAAGCUCAUCCUCAAUCAUCACUCACUUCCUCUCACUAUGAUCCGCAAUACCCACCUUUUCCCCGACAAAAUGCAGCCUUGCCAAGACUACGUUCACGCCCUCGAAGAGGAGCGCCGGAAGAUUCAGGUCUUCCAGCGCGAGCUUCCUCUCUGCUUAGAGCUUGUAACUCAAGCGAUCGAGGCUUGCAAACAGCAGUUGUCAGGGACGACGACGGAGUACUUCCAUGGCCAAUCGGAAUGUUCUGGAGAUACGUCGAGUGAAGGUCCUGUUUUUGAAGAGUUUUUUCCCAUCAAGACAAGUUCAUCUCCUGAUGAAGACGAAGAAGAACAGUCUCAUAAAGAUGGCAAGAGCAAUGACAAAUCUUCAAAGAAGUCGGACUGGCUUAGAUCUGUUCAGCUUUGGAAUCAGACCCCAGAUCCACCCAUCAAAGAGGACUCUCCUAUAAAGGUCUCGGUUACGACAAACAGUGGCGGUGCUUUUCAUCCCUUCAAGAAAGAGAAAAGCGUGGGGACUAAACCAGCAGCCACCGCGUCGCCACCUUCUUCUACUCCGGCCGCGGCCGCAAGCUCAACCGCCGGCGGGUCUAAGAAAGAUGAGAAAGAAGGACAGUCUCAGAGGAAGGCGCGGCGCUGCUGGUCGCCGGAGUUGCAUCGCCGGUUCUUACAUGCCCUCCAGCAGCUCGGCGGCUCUCAUGUGGCAACGCCGAAGCAAAUCAGGGAGAUAAUGAAGGUGGAUGGGCUUAGUAAUGAUGAAGUGAAGAGCCAUUUACAGAAAUAUCGUUUGCAUGAAAGAAGACCAACUCCUCCUGUUCUCAACAACAGCAAUCCACAAGCACCACCGCAGUUUGUGGUUGUCGGAGGAAUCUGGGUGCCGCCGCCGCCGCCGGACUACGCAGCCGUAGCAACCGGAGAAGGGUCUAGAGCAGCCGGAGCUAAUGGGAUCUAUGCACCAAUAGCUUCAGCGCCACCACCUCUUCCACAGCCGGCGUCUUCUCGGACAAAAAGGCAAAGGCCCAGCCACAGCGACGACCGAACUCGUUCCAAUUCUCCGGCCACCUCUUGCUCUACUCAUAGUACAUGAAAAGUCUAAAGAGUGAUGUAGAAAUUUUGUAAUGAAAUUACCUUACAUGAAAAUCUUCUGUAAUCUUCGGUUCAGAUACUAAUUAGAGAUGACACGACAAUAAACUAAAGGAGAUAAUUUUGUGCGACGAAAGAAAAGCGUCUCAUCAACUCAAAAAUGAAUAUGAUUUUGCAUAAAUCUGACGGUGAUAGUCAAGUAUUUGGAGUUGAAUAACAAAAACGAUGAUUUGGGGGAAUUAGAAA